AUGAGUUCGAACCAACGAAUCAUCACCGACAGCAACAAGUCACCACUCAUUCAGGUCUUGUCGUUGAUGUUUCUCGUCAUUGCGAUAUUAUCAUGUUUAGUUAGGACUGGCACCAAGCUUUACAUGAUCAAGACAUUGAGGGUUGACGACGUGCUCAUCAUUGUCGCAACUGUGCUUGCGGCUUGUCAGACAGCGAUUGUCUUUAAUGCGUGCGAGCAUGGACUCGGUCAACAUUUUGAUGUUCUCAGCGCCAGCGAUCGAGACACCUUCUUCAAGAGCCAAUAUACGACAAACACGAUGCUCAUCGCCUCGCUCCUUUGCUGCAAGUUAUCGGGUACAAUGAGUCUACGAAUCAUGGCGCCCAAGAGCCAAAAAUGGAUCAUCAUCGCCUGCGAAGCCGUCGUCGGUGUUUGGGGCGUCACGGCGCUCCUCGUCAAUUUCUUCCAAUGCCAACCACCGACGCCAUGGCUCUACGGCGAUAACGAUAAAUGCAUCAAUCUCAAAGCAUUUUGGACGUACUACUCUACCGCCAACAUCAUCACCGACAUCGUCAUCGUUAUCAUUAUGGCAGAAAACGUGGUCAAGAUCCAGACCUCGUGGUCGAAAAAGAUCCUUGUAAUGAGCGUUUUUGGCAGCAGAAUAUUUGUGACACCGGCAAUCGCAGCGCAAAUCCACUACUCCAACAAGGCAUUCGACUCUGCCGAUCACUCGUUUAGCAUCUGGCCCGCCUCCAUCACCAUCCAGCUAGUGCAGUGCCUCGCCAUCCUUACCGUAUGCCUGCCCAACUUCAAGCCCUUCCUCGACAGCCUGGAGUCCGGGCAGAUCCGCGUCGACGAUCUUCGACGGCAGGGCAAGUCGAGCAGCAACGGUUACCCGACAAACAGGCCCGGCUACGCGGGGUACAAGUCAAAGACGGGGCAGAGCAGCAGAUCGCGAGCCCUGGAUCAUGCGUCCAAGACGCAGCGCAGUGAGAUUCACGAGAUGGAGGACUUUGCUAACAAGCCGAAACAUGACCACGAGAGGAGCUGGGAUGGACAGAGUCGCUCCAGCCACUCAAGUCAGAAGAUCUUGAUCCAUCAGACGUGGCAGGUAGACAUAGAGACCACGCAGGAUGCAGCAUCCCGACAAACAUGA